AAUAAUAUCGCGAUAUACACACCUAUUCCGGCACCAUGGCUCUCUAUACGCGGCACAAACGUUGCCAAGACUCUGUUACUACUGCUGCUGCGUAACAAAGUUAUUGCUUGUCUGUUUACUGAUACUACUGAUACUUGUGAUGUCUAACAGCUUGCGUGUUUUUGUGACAACCAUUCAUUAGUUACGGAUUGUUACUCAUUUCAAUGUGAUUCCUGCUGUUUCCGUUUUCUCAUCUAGUGCUCAAAAGUGUCAGAAAGUGCCCGGAACUGUAAGUGUUCACGAAUAUAUGAUUUAACAAGUGGCAUUGGAAAGCUCCAGGUCAAAAAAGCGGCAGCUGUUUGGAGACAAGUGUCUUUGUAAUCACGAACUGGUUGGUUGUUUCAAUCGGUCAGGACUUGAUCGCCGUUAAUUUAACAAUAGCUCAGUUCAGUGCCAGAUAAUGUCCGUUUCAAGGAGAUAAAAGCAGCAGGAUAAGAUCCUCCGCAUGUAAAAUGUGGAGGAUGCAUCAGGAGUCCCGAACACUGUCACCGCACGGAGACGGGAUUGUUACGUGUCUGGGUCCUGAGGAAGUUAACCUACGGGCGGUCGUGCCACGGGAAAAUAAACGACGUGGUUUGUUGUUACACGUGAGAACUGGUGAUCCAUUUGUUGUUGGAUUUGAGCAUCCAAAACAACAGCAGCAGCAGCAGAUGCUGGAAACAAGUGCACCGGCGGGAUCGCCAAUAGGAUCUCCAGCCUCGCGAACCAGUGCUGCAAUGGACGAGGACUGCACCGACGAUGUCAAGAGGGAUUCUUUGGUCCACCAGCCACGGAUUGAUGACGACGAGGAAGAUGCCGAUGAUGUUGAGACCGCGGAAGUUGUAAAUAGGACGAGACUGUCGUCAUCAAGAGAUGCGGCUGACGAUGAGGAGGAAGAUGACGAAGAUGAGGCUCACGAGAGAAACGGUUGCAAUUACGACGAAGACGAAGAUGUCGAAGUCGACGUGUGUCGCGAGGCUGAAAGCAAUCCGAGCAGUCCCGUUGACUUGACAGCUUCGUCAAGAACAAUCAGUAUAAAUGAACAAUUUAGUCCUUUUGGGAAUCGCGCUGUUGGAUUGCUCUCGUGCUUACCGUCCAGUGGAAGUGGUGGUGCUGGUGGUAUUGCUAGUAGUGUUGGUGGUUGUGGUAUUGGUGGUGGUAAUAGUGGUAAUAAUGGUGCUGUUAUUAGUUCUGGUGGUAAUACCAAUGGUAUAAAUGUUGCUGGACACACAACAACUCCAAUGACGCCUUAUCUGGCAACUGGUCAUGCCGCUGGAUCAAUGGUUACGAGUAUUUGUAAUCCAGCGAAUCAGUUAUCACGAACAAAUUGUAGUAGUUCAUUAGGAAGUGGUGGUAAUUGUUUAACGAAUACUAAUGCUACUGUACAACCAAAUAAACGUGGACUCGCAUUUUCGGUUGAAAAUAUUCUUGACCCUCACAAGUUUACCGGCGGACGGGUAAUCCACGACAGGGGCCAUCGUAGACGACGUAGAACUGGUAGCUUACAUGAAGAUGGAGACUCGAGGGGAGAACUGUGCGGAAGUGGUCAAGAAGACGACAGUGUGCAUGACCAAGUGGAAGAUAUGGAAGAAGAAAUCGAUGAGGACGAUGAGGAUGAGGAUGAUGUUGAGAUGCAGGGAGUCGAUGAUCGUGGGACACCAACAGUGACACGUGAUACCGCGUCAACGGGUUCGAAUGGCAGUAAAAAAAGGCAAUCUUCUUCGUCGUCAUCAUCCUCAGGCGGCGGUCAGAAUCCAUCUUGUCAAAGUGGUUCAGGACAAAAUGGCGGCAGUUCAUCUGGCGGAUCAGCUGGUGGCAAACCCCGACGUGCGAGGACCGCAUUUACUUACGAACAAUUGGUGGCAUUGGAAAAUAAAUUCAAGACCACGAGAUACUUGUCAGUGUGUGAGCGACUGAACCUGGCGCUAUCGUUAUCCCUAACGGAAACCCAAGUUAAAAUAUGGUUUCAAAACCGCCGGACCAAGUGGAAAAAACAAAAUCCCGGUCUGGAUGUCAACAGUCCAACUGUACCAACUACUCCACCUCAUCCUUCGCCCUACGCACCGGCGUUUCUUUUCGCCGCACACCCUCAUGCCCAUCCACAUGCUCACUCGCAUCCACACCAGCAUCCGCACUCGCACGUCCAUCACGCACCACCACCCCCACCUCCACCAGGUUAUUACCAUCAUCCAGCUCCACCUUACGGAUCCUCGACGCCGAGCUUUUUCGGUCACCAUUUGUCAGCAUCACCUGCUGUCACAGCUCCAACGCCAAUAAGUGUGUCAUCAGCCGCGACUACCUCCAACGUGGGUCUUUCAUUGUCGUCACAUCAUGUGCAUGCACACGCGCACUCACAUGCGUAGCGAUCACCAAUUCAGUCACGUUUAAUCUCAUCCUAAUAAUACAAACCCUUCAACCAAUUGUUUAAUUACAACUUGGAUUAUGUCGAUUUAAUUCUCUAUGCCUACGUAUUAUGACACUAUUUUAUGUACAAUCAGUUGAGUCACUGUCUACAACACAAUAUCGUCUCUUGUGUUCAACAAAUUUGUCAAUGACAAAGCGACAGACAUUUGGUACCUGGCUUUCUGCCCGACACUCCACAUUGUAAUCCAAACAUUUCUGUUAAUACUCCCUGAUUACCUACGAUUCCAAACGUACAAUCGUAUGUGUAAGCGUAUGUAUGUAUGUGUGUGUCUGUGUGUAAGUAUCGAACAUGCGUUAGGUCAGUGACCUGAUUAAGCGAGGACGUAAUUAAUUGAUGACACAAAGUCUUGUAUGCCAUGCGUCGUGCAUCGAGGAUAAAGACAAAUUAGAUUGGGUAUUUUCUAAAAAAAGUUCAUCUAAAUCACUCUUUUCAAAUAAAUUUUAUAUAUAUUCAUUUAUAAAAUAAAAUCAGUCAAAAUUUGUCACGUAAUUAACCCACCGGCCAGCAGUAGUGUCGAACCGCAUGUGAGAAAUUUCUCACUGCGCGCCAUCUGGCGGCUUAACACCGAAACUAGUUGAUGACAAAAAAUAUGAGAUCAUAGUAAAUUUUUUAAAGAAUACGCAGUAAUAAUUAAGACAGUCGAAAGUCUUUGAUUAUAAUUAUGAUGAUGUGCAAAUAAAAAUUUAAUAAAUUAAUAUUAAUUAUAAUUAUGUACAAGUGUGAUAAUUGAGAUAUUAAAUAUAGAUUUAAGGUAAUUGUGG